AAUUUACCUAGUCACGCUUAUUUGUUUUAUUGAAUUGCGUUAUCAACAAGAUAAGUUUGUAUAUAAUCCCGUGAAAGAGUGGUCUAGCCUACACUCAAUCACGAUGUUCCUGACACCAGUUCUUUUGUGUUUGGUUUUGCUGGUAAUCCUUGUGAGUUCUUUGAGAAAAAAAGGACGAUUUUGGGAAUGCCUGGCCCCAAUUCCUCAACCCCCGGCCUAUCCCAUUAUUGGGAAUUUAUUCGACAUUAUGCGAACCCCAGAACAAAUGUUCCUCGCUGAGCGCGAACGGGGCCUCAAGUACUACCCCAUCUACAUGCUCGACGCCUGCGGUACCGGAGCCGUCAAUCUUCUCAAUCCCGAAGAUGUUGAAUUGGUUUUAACCGACACUAAACAAAAUACCAAGAGUUUUCUUUAUCACUUUUUGCACUCUUGGUUGGGGACUGGUCUUUUGACCAGUGCUGGUUCAAAAUGGCAAAGUCGGAGAAAAAUCCUAACACCGGCUUUCCAUUUCAAUAUUUUGCAAGAGUUUAUCCAAAUCUUCAACGAAGAGACGAAAAAAUUGAUUGAAGAUUUGGAAAAGGAGUGUCAUAAGCCGUUUAUUGAUGUGGUGGUACCAAUCACCCAAUUUACUUUGUUGUCAAUUGGAGAAACCGCAAUGGGAAUCAAACUCAACUAUUCCGACAACGACAAAAACAGCUACAAAAGCGCCGUUUACAAAAUCGGUGAACUCCUUACCUACCGUGUCCCUCGCCCCUGGAUCUACAACGAUAUCAUCUACUCUCUCACCCCCCAAGCCCGCAAAGAGCGAAAACUCCUCAAAUCCCUCCACUCUUUCUCCAAUAACGUGAUCGCCGAACGCAAAAAACACUUCUCCUCCUCUUCCUACUCCUCCCGAAAGCGUUUGGCAAUGCUUGACCUCCUCCUUAAAUACAAAUCUGAAGGAGCAAACAUCGACGACGAGGGAAUUCGAGAGGAAGUCGAUACUUUCAUGUUUGAGGGUCACGACACGACUUCUAUGUCCAUUUGCUACACUUUGAUGCUUUUGGCAAAUCAUCGAGAAGUACAAGAGGAAAUCUUGAAAGAAAUGGAGGAGGUUCUAGAUGAGGAACCUUCGUCUUAUGCCAAACUUCAAGAGCUAAAGUUUAUGGAGAGAGUGAUUAAGGAAAGUUUGAGGUUGUACCCCAGCGUCCCCUUCAUCUCCCGAGUCUCAGGGAGUGAAAUCCAGACGAAGACGGGGUACACAAUCCCGAAGGAUUGUAUGAUCAAUUUACAGAUUUACGACAUGCAUCAUAAUCCCAAUGUUUUUCCUGAACCUGAGAAGUUUGAUCCUGAUCGAUUUCUUCCAGAGAAUGUUCAAAAGAGGCAUCCUUUUGCAUAUAUUCCGUUCAGUGCAGGAUCCAGAAAUUGCAUAGGACAAAAGUUUGCUAUGUUGGAAAUGAAAACAGUCCUUUGUGGAAUUCUGAAAAAAUUUAUCCUUGAACCAGUCGAUACUCCCAAAGAUAUGGCCUUCAUUUCGGAUUUAGUACUACGUCCUAAAGACAGCGUCAAGGUCAAAUUUGUGCCCAGAUGUUCAGAUUAAAAGAUGACAGUCAUUUUGUUAUCAAUGAGUAAUUUGUUUGUGUCGUGAUCUCUUCCAAAUGGAAAUUUUUAAUGUGUUUGAAAUUAUCUCGAAUAAAAUUUAAUAAUAUUAAUUUAUGCAAGAGAAGAAUUAA